AGACUUAAGUUGUCAAAAUCUGUGAUAAGUGAUGGUGGUGGUGUUGAGUGUGAGAGGUGGCAACAGCGCAACAUUCCCGGGACACGCCAGACACCGACCCGUUACUGACGCCAUUUUACCCGGCUUGUAAUAUCUUCUUAAUACUACUUGAUACAGGAUGGCCGACCAAGAGACUGAUCUUCUAGAUUAUGAAGAGGACGAAGAACCAGUGGAGCCAGCAGCAGGAGAGACCAAUGAAGCUCCCCCAGUCAAGAAAGAUGUUAAGGGUACAUACGUAUCGAUUCACUCCUCGGGGUUUCGGGACUUCCUACUCAAGCCAGAGAUUUUACGAUCCAUUGUAGACUGUGGUUUUGAACAUCCAUCUGAAGUGCAGCAUGAGUGCAUUCCUCAAGCUGUGCUGGGAAUGGAUAUCCUUGGGCAGGCUAAGUCUGGAAUGGGCAAGACAGCAGUGUUUGUAUUGGCAACUCUGCAACAGAUUGACCCAGUUGAUGGCCAGGUGUCUGUGCUGGUAAUGUGUCACACUCGUGAAUUGGCAUAUCAAAUUGCCAAGGAGUACGAACGGUUCAGCAAGUACAUGCCCACUGUCAAGGUUGGAGUGUUUUUUGGAGGCUUGAAUAUUCAAAAGGAUGAAGAAACGCUGAAGAGUAAUUGUCCUCAUAUUGUCGUUGGUACACCGGGUCGUGUUCUUGCUCUGGUCCGCAAUAAGAAGCUUAAUCUGCGCAAUCUCAAACAUUUCGUCUUGGAUGAAUGCGACAAGAUGCUUGAACAACUAGAUAUGCGUCGUGAUGUUCAAGAAAUCUUCCGCAACACUCCUCACGAGAAGCAAGUCAUGAUGUUCAGCGCCACAUUGAGCAAGGAUAUUCGUCCAGUUUGCAAGAAAUUUAUGCAGGAUCCUAUGGAGGUUUAUGUUGAUGAUGAAGCAAAGUUAACUCUAAAUGGUCUGCAGCAGCAUUAUGUCAAGAUUAAGGAGAAUGAAAAGAACAGGAAACUGUUUGAAUUGCUUGAUGCUUUAGAAUUUAACCAGGUUGUGAUAUUUGUGAAGUCUGUGCAGCGAUGUAUGGCAUUGUCGCAGCUGUUAGUGGAACAGAACUUCCCAGCCAUUGCUAUACACCGUGCUAUGACCCAGGAGGAGAGGCUUAGUCGUUACCAGCAGUUCAAAGAUUUCCAGAAGCGUAUUCUUGUAGCCACAAAUCUCUUUGGCCGAGGAAUGGACAUUGAAAGAGUUAACAUUGUCUUCAAUUAUGAUAUGCCAGAAGACAGCGAUACAUAUCUUCACAGAGUGGCAAGAGCUGGAAGAUUUGGUACCAAAGGUUUGGCAGUAACCUUUGUCAGUGAAGAAAGUGAUGCAAAGACCCUUAAUGAAGUUCAGGAACGAUUUGAUGUUAACAUCACAGAACUACCUGAUGAAAUUGAUCUCUCUUCAUAUAUUGAGGGACGCUAGCUGGAAAGUGUUGGCACGCAAAAUAAUUUUAAGGUGGUACAUUACAUUCGUCCAUGGGAAGUGGAAGAAAAUUGUGUAGGUGUGAUUUACUUCAUUCAGGAAACUGUUUGCUGAGUGAGGAAGCUUCUUAUUUUCUGACAAGUAAAAGUAUCUUUUACAAUUAAAAGUGUUUGUAAAUUUAUAAAAUGACCAAAGUAUUCAUUUGUGAAGUUCUUAACUGAAUGUUAUCAUUUAAAUUAAAUGUAUGUGAUUUUUUUUCUCAUAUUUUUAUGUAUGAUAGAAUUAGUAGAACCACUUGCUACUAAAGUACAAGUUUUGUGUACAUCAUAGCCUUGAAUAGUUUUAAGGUAUAAUAAAUAUUGUAAUGAAA